UGCAUCGGACGUGGAAGUCGGAGUGUCUCGAUCUCCUGGGAAUUGUUCUCACUGAAUUAUUCAGGAUCUCACAUACUUAUCCUUCGAGUCAACUUCCACCCCCACCCCGUCAAUGAGGACUUUCGGUGGAGAUACAAUCUGAGUGAAUAAAUAAAUACAUAAAUCCUUUGUUUCGGUUGAUAGCGAAUAGUUGGUUACUUGGUGUGUUCCGGUGAUAGUGAAAACUCAUUCAAGUGAGUAAUAUCCUUACACGGAUCAUUUGCGAAAGUGGUGCGAGUCGUCCUUUUAUUUGCGUGCAGUAAUCGGAAAAAUGUCACUGUCCUUUCCUUUGGGGAUUUUUUUCGUCGCUGACCCUCGGACGGAAGGGAUUUUUUCAAAGUGAAAAACGGUUGCUUAUCCUUUCCCUCCGCUUAUGAUUUCUUGUGUUUUUCCGUAUUUUCUGUGGCAUUCACGUUCCGGCGGACAAAUCCCUGUCGAUCCAGCCAUGAGUUAAUUAUAUUUGUUGGUAACGUGUUUUUUCCCCCAUUUUUAGAAUUUUUCUUUCGGUCAAGUCUGCGGGCGUUUGGGGGAUGUUUUCGUCCUUUCGGGUGAACUUAGCAGGUCAGCUCAGUUGGCGGUGCUUGUGAAAAGUGUUUUGAGUGUAACGAAAAGAAAUUUUUUGAUUAAGCCCAUUACAGAGGCAGAAUAAAUAAAGAAUUUUUUGGAUAUUUUCUCAACGCUCAAAGUCCGUUGCCGUGCGGAUUGUGUGAAAAGUGAAAAGUGGAAAAUUAAAAGAAGGAAAGUGUAUGAAAUUGUGGGCUUUGUGCAAUGUGUGUUUAGUACCGAAUUUAUCAAGGCAUAAGCUUUUCCUUGGAAGGAAAAUUCUUUUGAGAAAAGUGUGACCAGACAAAAGAUUGUUUACCUUGGGUACCUUUUCUGAGUAUCUAUACUUACGGCUCUCGGAGGGUCAGAUCAAGGCGCAUGUUGGAGAAAGGAAAGCAUUCUGGAACCAAGGCCAUUCCGUGAAGGUACCGAGCAUCGGAACAAUACUGCGCCAAGGACGACCCCAACUGUUGCUACAAACUCACUCAAUCAGGACUACUCAAUCAAACUUGAAUGGCUAUGCAAUAAAAACAAUUACAUCGAGGCCAAUUCCUUGAGGACACGAACCGUGAAAACGUAAAAAAGCAAUUCUGUGGCGAACAAGCAGCGUCAAUUGUUCACCAACUGUGAAGGAUAAUGGCCAAGAGCUGGCCCCACUCAGAGAAACGAAGCACUUUCAGCCACAAGCCUGAAGCGCCAUUUCAUGUCCGGAAAAAUGCAAACCGACUUGAAAUCACUGAUAUUGUGGCUAAGCUGAUUCGAAAACGCUAAACUGUCCAAGUAUUAGUAAUUAGUCCUCUGUCGGACACACACAGUUGCACAAUUUGCACUUGAUGUGAAACUAUUCAAAAUGUCGUUAACGGUUAAAUUGAUCCAAUUCAGGCUGGCUAAGAGCAAAUCGAAUCUGAUAGGACGCGUGGAGUUCAGAGGGGUAGCCCACACCACAACGGAGCUAAAUUCUUCCUCAGAUACCAUUGACGUGAACCAGUCCUUUAUAUGGCCUUUGGCGAGACCAGCAUCACCUGAGGAAAAUGUUAUUGUGGAGUUGCGUUCCCAAACGACAAAGAUUCUCCUGAAGACUGGCUUAGCGACUUCUUCAACAUCUAGAGGCGGAUCCGGAGGAUCCAGGGGCACCAUCAGCAGUAGCAGUAAAUGUAUCGGGCAGUAUGUGAUAUUGAUGCAAGGACUUAUAGCCGAAGGCAACAUUCGCGUGGAAGACCGUUUAGUAGAUUUGUGUGCAAACAGACCUAUCGAGGCAAUUGUUGUUUUCGAAGCAAAAUAUAUUUCACCCGAUGAUGCCGCUGGCAAUUUCGAGCCAACUAACCUUGUUAAGCCGAUUCAGGAGGUCCACAAUACCAACAGCAUGGAUGACGACCAACAAAUGCUCCUUGACAUCGAACAGAACAUCGCAAAUUUGGAGAAGAGUCUUCAACGAGACAACCAGCAGGAGACACCCAGCAAAAAGCGGCAUAUCCUUAAACGAGUUAUAUCAUCGUCUCAGGGCAAUGGUUACGAUAGGAAUGAUGGAAAACUCGAUAAAGCGGGAAAGUCGUCGUCACGUGAAAAGAAAAUGACACUGAGAACGGUUAGAAAUUUGAUGAAACUUGGAAAACAACGUCCCCGCUCACAAUCCCGGGAUAGCAGUACAGAAGAUGAAGGACGGUCGCCGCUUAUUGUUGAAACGGAUCAAACUGGACUCACCUCGGCUACCGAUGGCGAGGAUGAUUCGAAAUCACAAAUGUAUGACACAGGACAAUCGAAUGCAUCGAGUGACGGUGAGGAGGAGAAACAUUACGAUAAAGGGAAAAUAGUUAAAGUGCUGGCACGAACUGAUGACCAUCUCAAGUCGCAGGAUUUCCAAGUUUGUGUGACCAUAAUUGAGGCCCGACAACUGCCAGGACUCAACAUGGAUCCCGUGGUCUGCAUCCAAAUCGGUGACCAGAAGAAGUACACUAGCGUCAAGGAGAGUACAAACUGCCCGUACUUUAACGAGUAUUUUGUUUUUGAUUUCCAUAUGCCGCCCGUAAUGCUCUUUGAUAAGAUCAUAACAUUGUCGGUAUUACAAAGUAGAAGUGUCCUUCGUCCUAAUAAAUUGAUUGGUACUUUCAAAUUGGAUAUUGCAACCGUAUGGAAUCAGAAAGACCAUCAAUUUUAUCACAAAUGGGCUCUUCUAUCGGAUCCUGAUGAUUUCAUCAGUGGACCCAAAGGUUAUUUAAAAUGUGAUAUUGGAAUUAUUGGAAAAGGUGAUACAGUAAAGGUGCCUCAAAAAUCCGAAAAGGAUCCUGAUGAUAUAGAAGCGAAUUUAUUAUUGCCAGACGGUGUCCCAAUAGAGCGACAACGGGCAAAAUUUAUAGUUAAAAUUUACCGUGCAGACGGUUUGCCCAGAAUGAAUUCAUCGCUGAUGGCCAAUGUGAAAAAGGCAUUCACAGGAGAAUCUAAGGAUUUGGUUAGUCCGUACGUGCAAGUAUCUUUUGCAGGCUUGUCAGGUAAGACCACUGUUAAGAAAAAUGCGUAUGCUCCUGUGUGGAAUGAACAGCUUGUCUUCACUGAGAUGUUUCCCCCAUUGUGUCAACGGAUUAAGAUCCAACUACGAGACGCGGACCCUAUGAAACCGUCUAUAAUAGGAACUCAUUACAUCGAUUUAAAACAAAUUUCCAACGACGGCGAAAAGGGGUUCUUGCCUACCUUUGGACCAUCAUUUAUUCAUCUCUACGGUUCGACACGUGAUUACAGCCUCCUUGACCAGCAUUCGAACCUUAACACUGGCCUGGGCGAAGGAGUCAGCUACCGGGCGCGUCUUCUGCUUGCCAUCCGCACCGAAAUAGCUGACAACAUCGAAACAAGUAACGAAAAGAAUGUCGAACUGGAACCAGCUUAUCCAAUUUCUGAAUCGUCUUAUUCGAAAAACGAAGAGUUCUUCCUUUUCACGACCAUCCUGGAAGCGUCAAUGCUCGAUAAAAAAGUUAGUGAUAAGACGGUUUACUUCGAAUUAAGCAUGGGAAAUGCUGGGAAUUCCUUGGAUGGACACAAUGAGAGUUACAUGUCACCAGAGGAUGAGGAUGGAGAACUGGAAUCGGUGGAUACGGCUUCGUAUAAUAGCACGACUGGGUCAUGCAAACCAAUAAGUCAUGACAAGGCACACUACUACCUGCCCUACUGGGACUACAAACCGUGCAUGGACGUCCGUUGCUGUUUGCCGGACCUGCGGAGGCGAAUGUAUAAUAGCAACAUGAUAGCCAAAAUGGCUGAUAAGCUGGAGGAUGACCUUUCUAAAACUCGAACCCUUAUCGAGGAAGAAGAUCCAAAAAUUGAAGUGAAACUGCGAAAUUGCUUAGAAGAGUUUGCAAUAAGUUGCUCAAAAUAUUUGACAAUAACUAAAAGUAAUAUCAUGGGACCAGGAAGUGGAAAGACCAAAUUAGAUAAGGAACGAAUGAAGCUCUGCCAAAGAGAAAUCGAAUCAUUAGGAAAUAUGGCUCGAAAUCUGCGCGCCUUAGUUACCAAAAAUUCUGCGAAAGAAAGAUUUAGAACCGCACAAACUUAUCUUCAAAAAAUCAAGUUUUUGGUUGAUGAUCCCCAGGACUCACUACCUGAUAUUUUUAUCUGGUUGAUAGCGAACGGGAAAAGGUAUGCCUACCACAGAAUGUCAGCACGGGACCUCAUCUACUCACCAAUCGAAGAAGAGUGUGGUAUUUAUUGCUCAAAAGUCCAGACAAUAUUCCUCAAAUUACCAGGCAAACAAAGCAAUGAGACAUCAGGCUGGUUUGUCCAAGCUAAACUUACCCUUUAUCUAUGGCUUGGAGCCGUCUCACAUAAACAGUAUUUCUUCGAAGGACUUCCACAGGGAUAUGAUUUAUCACAAGAGUUGAGAAAUGCUGAUAGGAGUCGAGCCUUAGCUCCGAGCAAUAUUCAUUAUUUGGAGAAACACGUUUUCCAGCUACGCGCACACAUCUACCAAGCACGAUCUUUAAUCGGUUCUGAUGCAUCUGGAUUAAGCGACCCAUACGCUAUCGUCUUCAUUACAGAAUACGCAAAAUCAACGCAAGUGAUUGAAGAAACUCUGAGUCCAACAUGGGAUGAGCUUCUCGUGUUCGACGAAAUUCUUGUAUAUGGGGCCAAGGAUCAAAUUAAAAAAGAUCCACCGACAAUCACCAUUGAAAUCUAUGAUCAAGAUAAAGUUGGCAAAUCCGAAUUUAUAGGACGAGCAAUAGCGAAACCUCGGGUCAAGUUAAAAGAUAAUGCUUACGUGACGCCUGCACUGGAAUGGUUUGACAUAUUUCGGGGAACCGAUAAUGCUGGAGAGCUGCUGGCAGCUUUCGAAAUGCUAGAAAUGGGUUCAACUGACAUUCCAAGACUUACUGAACCGAAAUUUAUGCCUAUUGAAACAAAGAAGGACCGAACUUAUCCACCGCCUCAGACUAUACUUCCUGUACCCCGGGAUGUAAGACCGCACUUAGCAAGAUUCAAACUUGAGGUUUUAUUUUGGGGAUUGAGAGACUUAAAGAGGAUUCAUUUCAUGUCCGUCGACAAGCCCCGAAUCGACGUUGAGUGUUCUGGGAAAAUCCUCGGGUCCAGUAUUAUACAAAACGCUCGGAAGAAUCCAAACUUCCCCAAUAUGCUAAAGUCUAUUGAACUGGAGCUUCCAGUUGAAGAGACUUAUGCCCCACCUAUCACAAUCCGAUGCGUUGACUGCCGAUCCUUUGGUCGAUAUACUUUAGUUGGAACCCAUCAAAUCACAUCUAUUCAUAGAUACAUGUACAAACCACCUCCUAAGGAGGACCUGAAAAAUUAUCAAACAAUGGGCGGCCAAAUCAUCUUAGCCGCUCCAACCGCUGACAGUAACGAGGACCAAACGGGAAACCAAGUCGGCCAUAAAGAUCAAAAUGUCCACAAGAGUUCUUCCUGUGAGAAUUUGACAAUCUACGGUGCAGCCUGUGUUACGAAAAUGGUUAAACGACAACUACCUAAAAGGAAGCAACCACCGCCAGAACCAAAAUAUGAAGACGAGAUGGAUGAUGAUAACAGCAAGGAUUGGUGGACCAAAUACUUUUGGUCUUACGAAAAAUUAAUUGAAGAUUCGAAAACAACGACAAAUCAUUUAAAGCUUCUACCAAAUCACUUUACGAAAGAGGAUAAGCCGAAACUUGGUGUGAAAGGAUCAAAACUUGUAUCAAAGCUAAGCCCAAAGCACCACAAAAAAGAAAUCAAGAGUUCAACCGCCCUUUGUCAAAUAUACCCGAAUGAUUUGGAGUCUCAGCUCGAAUUCAAUAACUUCAAAGAAUGGCUCCACUCCUUUGCACUGUACCGGGGAAAGAAAACAGGCGAUUCGACUGAAGAUGAAAGUCGAAUUGUGGGCUAUUUCAAAGGAGCCAUUAAAGUAUACAAACUGCCGCUACCGAAAGGAGCCGAAGCGAACCUAAAUCCAAGUCUUCCGGGAAACGAUCCAAUUCAUGUCCUUGUGCGCAUUUAUAUUGUUAAAGCAACGGAUCUUCAUCCAAUGGAUUUGAACGGCAAAGCCGACCCCUACGUGGUCCUUCAUUUGGGAAACAAGCGAAUAUCCGAUAAGGAAAAUUACGUUAGUAAGCAGCUGAACCCGAUUUUCGGGAAGUGUUUCGAAGUGGAAGCAACUUUUCCACAGGAUUCCAUGUUGACUGUGCAGAUUCUGGACUGGGAUUUAGUGGGAUCAGAUGAUUUGAUUGGAGAAACGAAAAUUGAUUUAGAAAAUCGAUUUUAUAGCAAACAUCGAGCGACAUGUGGCCUUGCGUUUCGUUAUGAGGAUUCGGGUUAUAAUCGUUGGCGGGAUCCAAUGAAACCCACACAAAUUCUCUCGAAACUAUGUAAAGAAAACAAACUGGAAACACCGCAUUACUUUCAAGAUCACGUCGUUAUUGGAAAAUAUUGCAUGACCUUCUCUGAAGAGGAAGUCAUCGCAUGGAAUGGCCCUACAACCUGUAAAUAUCGCGACGAGCAUCUAGCAUUGGCCGUUUUGCACAGAUGGCAAGAAAUCCCUAAAGUGGGAUGCAAGAUUGUUCCUGAACAUAUUGAAUCACGAUCUCUUUACAAUCCUGACAAACCUGGUAUUGAGCAGGGCAAGCUAGAGAUGUGGGUCGAUAUGUUUCCAAUGGACAUGCCUCUUCCUGGCCCGCCGGUGGAUAUAUCUCCUCGUAAACCCACAUCAUAUGAGCUAAGAGUGGUUAUCUGGAAUACAGACGAUGUAGUGCUGGAGGACGAUGCCUUCUUCACAGGAGAAAAAAUGUCGGAUAUAUAUGUUAAAGGAUGGCUGAAAGGACCACAAGACAUUCAAGCGACAGAUAUCCACUACAGAUCCCUAACUGGAGAAGGUAACUUCAACUGGAGAUUUAUCUUCCCAUUUGAAUAUUUGGCAGCUGAAGAGCGAAUCGUUCUCUCGAGGAAAGAAUCGCUCUUCAGUUGGGAUGAGACAGAAGUUAAAAUUCCAGCAAGGUUAGAACUUCAAGUUUGGGAUGCUGAUCAUUUUUCGGCAGAUGAUUUUCUAGGAGCAAUAUCUCUCAAUCUAAAUCGCUUUCCUCGUGGCGCGAAGUCAUCAAAACUGUGCACUUUGGAUAUGCUCAAAACUGACAAUGUUCCAACUGUAAAUAUUUUUAAGCAGAAACGAGUCCGAGGAUGGUGGCCAUUCUUUAUCAAGAAACAAAACGAUGAAAUGGAGCUGACUGGAAAGGUUGAAGCCGAAUUUCAUUUGCUUACCAAGGAGGAGGCAGAACAAAGUCCUGCUGGCUACGGACGAAACGAGCCUGACCCGCUGGAGAAACCAAAUCGACCAGAUGCAUCUUUUAUGUGGUUCCUCAAUCCACUGAAAUCGAUUCGGUACAUCGUCUGGCACAACUACAAAUGGGCUAUUUUGAAAGGUUUCAUACUUGUUUGCUUAACCAUCAUGAUCCUUCUGUUCUUCUAUGCUGUGCCUGGUUAUACGGUUAAGAAAAUGCUCGGGGCUUAAAAUCGAUCACCUAUACGUGCACUCUGUCCCCAUACAGAAAAUAUCAUACUCCACACAUAUCUAAUAAGCAAAUUUGGUAGUAUUCGAUAAAUUAGCUCCUUUUUUCCAAA